AUGUGCGUCCAGCAUUUCUCCCGUCUAUCGAAUAGCAACUCCUUUUUCUUACAACAGAAAAGGAGAAAUUUCGUCGCUAUACACAAUUCAGCAAUAAAUAAUUUCCUAAAAAAGUCUUUAAUCUGCAACGUGUGUUUCAAUCAGUACCAUGCGCUUCGGCAGUUCACUCAAUUAAGUAAUUUUUUCAAAUUAAAAAAAAACGUGAAAUAUGUGCACAGCUUCCGCUCCACGGAUAGAAAAAACUCAUUUCUCGCAAAGUAUUUUUUUUACCUGACUCCCAAGUACCACUUACAAACUCAGAUAAGAAGCGCCAUUAAAAAAAAGCAAAACAUUCGUUUAAUUAAGAGGAAGAAAAGGAAGGAACAUCGCAACUAUUUUAAGUAUGGCAUAGCGGACAAUCACAAAAAGGGGAAUUCACAUCCAGUUCUGCAGCUGGGGGAAAUUUCACAACAGAGGAGCUGCAGGGCAGAGGGGAACCAACUGAUUAAUCAAAAUGGAGAGACUCCUCGACACGCCCUUUUUGGAAACAACAUAACCCGGGACAGGCACACCCAAUUGGAAAGGCACACCCAAUGGGAAAGGCGCACCCUAUGGGGAAGGCGCACCCUAUGGGGAAGGCGCACCAACGUUAGCUCCUUUCACACGAAGAUAAUCAAAUAUCGAAGGGGGGCCAACCUGAGGAGUGCCCAUCUGAUGGGUAGAAAAUCCAGAAGGAGUAGACAGGUCGAAACGUCGAACGAGCCGGGGAAAUUCCCCUCCAGUGGGACCCCCCCUCUCUACCUUCAACAGAGGACGAGGGCGCAUGAACGUGGUCAGCCAAACGGAGAAGACACGUACGCGCAGGAAAAAGGAGCAAGUUGCGAAAUUAACCCAAAUGGUGAAAAUCUAAAUGGUGAAAAUCCAAAUGGUGAAAACCCAAAUGGCGCAAGCCCAAAUAAGCAAGUGGGAAACCCACCCUCCUACAGUGCAUACAACAACGCGGGCCACACAAACUCAAGCAAAAAAAACGACAAACUGGUGACCAAAAAGGGAGACUACUACAGCUGCAAAGAUGCUGAAAAGCCGUUUGAAGAAAAAUCCCACGAGAAGGGAGAAAUGAAUAUAAAGAGGCACGACUUAAUCUUAGUAGCACUCUCAGGGUGCAUCCCAUUUAUCUGUUUCGGCUUUGUUGAUAACUCCUUUAUGAUUAUUGCAGGGGACCUAUUUGAUUCUACCUUCUGCGUUUUUCUAGGAUUCAGCACCCUAGCUGCAGCAGGCUUGGGUAAUCUAACGAGCGAUGUUUUGGGUAUCUUCAUUGGAGGGUACAUAGAAAAAAUCAUUGUCUACGUAGGCUUCCCCAGGAUAAACUUAACCAAUAAACAACUCAAAAUGAACAGAACUAGACGCUAUUACUACAUCGGAAUAACAAAUUGGAAGAAAAAAAAAAGAGCAAAAAAAAAAAAAAAAAAUAAUAAAAUUAUCAAUGUGGAUAAGAAUCUCUUCCACUUGGUUUCCAAUCAACUCCCAAACUUUGUAAAUUCAAAUUAUGCUUUUUUAUUUGUUGUUGAUCAAGCCGCUCGUAAUUUUUACUCUCUGGUCAAUACCGAUAUUGUGAGGUUACCCCUUGAUCAGGACAUCAUUGGUCAUGUAUAUAAAAGCGGGAAACUUAUUAACUACGAAAGUGGGAGCCUCAUGAAAAACUUCGCUCAUUCGUAUAAGUCGCAUACGCAGAAGGAGGAAGUUGGGGAAGAUAUGCAUACUAGUGGGGGAGCAGACGGAGGGACAAAACUAUCCGUCACAGGGGAGGCACCCCAAGGAUGUAGGAAUAAUGAAAAUUCUCUGCAUUUUCUCAAAAAUCAGGAUUUCUACAUCAACAGCAAGAGAAUUGAA